GACGGACGGAGCCCACAGCGGCCAGGGCCGGCAGCGCAGGCGACCCCGAGCCGAGCCCCGGAGCCGGAGCCAUGGCCCUGAGCGAGUUGGCGCCGCUCCGCUGGCUGCGGGAGAGCCGCCACUCGCCGAAGCUCAUCCUGUUCAUCGUGUACCUCGCGCUGCUGCUGGACAACAUGCUGCUCACCGUCGUGAUCCCCAUCAUCCCAAGUUACCUGUACAGCAUUGAGCAUGAGAAAAAUACUACAGAGAUCCAGACUGCCAAGCCAGUGCUCACAGCCUCCGCCUCAGGCAGCUUCCAGAGCAUCUUCUCCUAUUAUGACAACUCCACCCUGGUCACUGGGAACCACACCAGAGACCUUCAGGAGGGGCUGCUGCAUAAGACCACCACUCAGCACAUGGUGACCAACACGUCCAUGGCGCCUCCCGACUGUCCUAGUCAAGACAAAGACCUCCUGAAUGAAAACGUGCAAGUCGGCCUUUUGUUUGCCUCUAAAGCCACCGUCCAGCUCCUCACCAACCCGUUUAUAGGACUGUUGACCAACAGAAUCGGCUAUCCAAUUCCAAUGUUUGCGGGAUUCUGCAUCAUGUUUAUCUCAACAAUUAUGUUUGCCUUCUCCAGCAGCUACGCCUUCCUGCUCAUCGCCAGGUCGCUACAGGGCAUCGGCUCCUCAUGCUCAUCUGUAGCUGGGAUGGGCAUGCUGGCCAGUGUGUACACAGAUGACGAAGAGAGAGGCAAUGCCAUGGGAAUUGCCCUGGGAGGCCUGGCCAUGGGGGUCUUAGUGGGCCCCCCCUUUGGGAGUGUGCUCUACGAGUUUGUGGGGAAGACGGCUCCGUUCCUGGUGCUGGCUACCCUGGUGCUCUUGGAUGGAGCUAUUCAGCUCUUUGUGCUGCAGCCAUCCCGGGUACAGCCAGAGAGUCACAAGGGGACGCCGCUAACCACCCUGCUGAAGGACCCGUACAUCCUCAUUGCCGCAGGAUCCAUCUGCUUUGCAAACAUGGGGAUUGCCAUGCUGGAGCCGGCCCUGCCCAUCUGGAUGAUGGAGACCAUGUGUUCCCGCAAGUGGCAGCUGGGCAUUGCUUUCUUGCCAGCUAGUAUCUCUUAUCUCAUUGGAACCAAUAUUUUUGGGAUACUCGCGCACAAAAUGGGGAGGUGGCUUUGUGCUCUUCUAGGAAUGAUAAUUGUUGGAGUCAGCAUUUUAUGUAUUCCUUUUGCAAAAAACAUUUAUGGACUCAUAGCUCCCAACUUUGGAGUUGGUUUUGCAAUUGGAAUGGUGGAUUCAUCAAUGAUGCCCAUCAUGGGCUACCUGGUAGACCUGCGGCACGUGUCUGUCUAUGGGAGUGUGUACGCCAUUGCAGAUGUGGCAUUUUGUAUGGGAUAUGCUAUAGGUCCUUCUGCUGGUGGGGCUAUCGCAAAGACAAUUGGAUUUCCAUGGCUCAUGACAAUUAUUGGAAUAAUUGAUAUUCUCUUUGCUCCUCUCUGCUUUUUUCUUCGAAGUCCACCUGCCAAGGAAGAGAAAAUGGCUAUUCUCAUGGAUCACAACUGCCCCAUUAAAACAAAAAUGUACACUCAGAAUAAUAUCCAGUCAUAUCCGAUAGGUGAUGAUGAAGAAUCUGAAAGUGAUUGAGACCCUCAGAAGUCAUCCAAGUAUUUAAUUGUAUAAAACAGUGUUUCCAGUGAAAUGACUCAUCCAGAACUGUCUUAGUCAUACCCUUCAUCCCUGGUGAAAGAGUAAAACAACCAAAGGUUAUUUCUUUUCCAUGGUUAUGAUCGAUUGCCAACAGCCUUAUAAAGAAAAAGCAGCUUUUCUAGGAGUUUGUAUAAAUAGUGUUGAAAACUUUAUUUUAUGUAUUUGAUUUUAUUAAAUAUUAUACAAUAUAUUUUGACGAACUGUAGUGUAAAUCUAUAAAUAUUUGAAUCCAAAUCAAAUAUAAUUUUUUAACUUACAUUCACGAACACCUGGGCAAAAAAAUCUUAUAUUUUUUCUGAAUAUUGGUAAUGAGUGUUUAAAACUAAAGUACACAUUAUCUCCGAGACACUUCCAACAAUGAGAAACUAGAAGGAAGUCUUAACAGAAUCAAGACAGAUGUUACGUAGUGACACCGAGUGUUGAGUUAUUCAGCUCGUAAUUACUAUCAAUAUAUUUAGGAGUUAAAAGCUAGUUAUCUCAAAUGCAGAGGACAAGAACUUGAGUCAGUCAUCUUUUGGAUUUAUCCAUGAAUCUUAGCUGGCAUUAGUUUUCUAUGUAAUCAUCUACCUGGAAACAGAUGGUUGUAAAUGAUAUGUUUACAUGUCAUAUGGUUGGCAGCAAACAAUAAAGCCAAUAAGGGAAAAACAGUAAAUGUUCUAAAAGCAGAGAAAAGCACCCAGACGUAGUUCUGAGCAACUAGCAGCUUUCCUUUUAAGAUAUGUACUUUUGUCUUACCUGAUGAAAGUAAAUUGAGGGUAGAUGUACCUUAUGCUGUCAAGGUUGUUUAAGCAUGAUAAGCUAUAUCAACAUCUAGUUCAAAUUUUAGAAAAGAAAUUUAAAAGGCUAAUAGCUGCUAUGACAUGAAAAAAAUCAGACUAUAAUCUUUGUCCUGUUUGGAGGUCAUCCAAGUGUUUUCUAGGGAGCUAUUAAUUUUGAGUUGUCUGAAACUAUUAUUUUCUAGACUUCUGAAAGUUGUUGACAUCAAUGUGAAAACAAAUUUUAAAUGAAGAUGAAGAAGGAAUGAAAUUAUAUCUUGAAUCACACUAUGAAAACAGGUAAAAAUAAUAGGGUGGGCAGGACAACACCCCCUUUCACAGGCAGAAAGCAAUCAAACAUCUAAAAAUGUCUGUGUAUUACUGUACUUAGUGCCGUGUAAUGUAGUUUUUCUGAGCAUGACAACAUUGAUGUGCCUUUUCAGUGUAACAGCAAAUACUGUGUUAGUGAACACUGUCAGUUUACAUCAAGUUUUGUAUGAGAUGUGAUUGGAGUGUGAAGAUAAUGUGGAAUGUCUCAAAUAAUACUUGUUAAUUCUACAGUUCUGUAAUUGUAAACAAAAAUUGCCUAAUGUCAGUUCUUUGUUAAGCUAAAAUUGUGUUUCUGUUAACUUGGACAAAGAGCAAAGAACUGUAGAACAAGGACUCCUCAACCUGGUAAUUCUCUAGGCAAGUAGCUAGUAUUUCAUUUACAUUUGUUUUAUGAAGCUUUUCUGUGGGGUUUUGAAUGAGUUGAAGUCUGAUUUUCAAGUGCAAUGUGUUGGAAGCAAACCAGCUUCCUAGUCACGUAUUUGCAUUGGGCAGCUUCACAACUCCACCACUUUGGAAGACGGCUUUGGAGGCUCUCUUAUAUGGCCAAAGUAAAAAGGCAAGAUUGUUCUCUAUUUCAUAGGGGAGAGCCUUCAAAAAGAACGUGCUACAGAUCAAUUCUCUUAGACGGUUGGUGGUUCUCCUUGCUCCCAAUACCAUGUAACGUAUUCCUAUUUAUUUUUGCCUUUAAGGCUUCACCCUCUUCAAGAACAACUGGGAAAGGCAUGCCUACUGUUGAUACCUAGAGAUAACAUAAAAGAGAUGAGUGUUUCAGAACUGUUUUGGGAGCAAAAGGUAUCUGCUAUAUCUAAGGGGAAAAAAAUUGUUAAGGUCUUUUGUAUGACUAAUAUUCUGGAGUUAGCAAGACUGAAAAGAUUUUAAUGUGUGUAUCAGAACAAAGAACAUACAGCUCUCUGAACAUUUAUUUUUUGAGCAGAGGUGGUUUUUAUGUUUGUACCUGGCAAAACAGAUACAGAAACCAUAAUAAGGUAGCAAUGAAUAUUCAAUUUUCUUUUGACUGCUAAAGUGUUUCUGUCUAUGUCAUGUUUUAGAUAGUUUUACUUAAUAAAUCUUCUGA